AUGGCUAGGUCUUUAGCUCUCUCUCUUUGCUUGCUUGUUCUCUUUCAUGGCUGCUUAGCCUAUCGCCAACAGUCUCAGUACAGCCAGAGCGGGCAAAAUGAGUGCCAGAUCAACCAGCUCCAGGCCCGCGAGCCCGACAACCGCAUUGAGACUGAGGCGGGUCGGAUCGAGUCAUGGGACUACAACCAGGAUGAUUUCCAGUGCGCCGGAGUCGCCGUUCAGAGAAUCAUUGUCGAGCGCAACGGCCUUCACUUGCCUUCUUACACCAACACUCCUCGCAUCGUUUACGUUGUCCAAGGUAGGGGUCAUCUAGGAAUGGUGAUGCCCGGCUGUCCAGAGACAUUUGAGGAGUCCGAGCAAUCUGACGAGGAACAACAGGGCUCGCAACAACAACCAUCGCAAGGCCGACAAGGCCAAGGCCAACAGGGACAGCAAGAGAGCUUCGAACAGCUAGACCGACACCAGAGGGUGCGACGCGUCAAGGAAGGUGACGUUAUCGCCAUCCCCGCCGGAGUCACAACCUGGUCCUACAACGACGGUGACCAAUCUCUCAUUUUUGUCAGUCUUCUAGACAUCAGCAACAAUCACAACCAGCUUGACCAAAACCCAAGGCGAUUCUAUCUUGCUGGUAACCCACAAGAUGAGUUCAACCAACAAGGCCAAAGCCGAGGCCAAUCGAGACAACAACAAGAACAACAGGGAAGGAGCAGACGCCAACAACAGGGAAACAACAACAACAACAUCUUCGCCGGAUUCGACACCAGACUCCUCGCCGAUGCUCUCAACAUCGACCAACAGACCGCUCAGCAGCUCCAGGGACAGAACGACAACAGGCCACAGAUUGUUAGGGUUCAGGGACGUCUCGACUUCAUCCAGCCCCCUGAGUCAAUGAGGGAGGAAAGACAACUGCAAGGACAACAGGGACAGAAUGGCUUUGAGGAGGUAUUCUGCCACAUGAAGAUCAAGCAGAACAUCGGCAAGCCUUCAUUGGCCGACGUCUUCAGCCCGCAAGCCGGUCGUAUCAGCACCCUCAACGGCUUCAGCAUGCCUAUUCUCAGGCACCUCCGCCUCAGUGCUGAGAGAGGUUUCUUGUACAACAAUGCUAUCCACAGCCCACACUGGAACUUGAAUGCCCAUGAGAUAGUCUAUGUCAUCAGAGGUAGCGCCAGGGUUCAGGUGGUGAACGACAACGGCGAGACCAUCUUGGACGACCAGGUCCGCCAGGGACAGCUCUUCGUCGUGCCACAGAACCAUGCCGUGUUGCAAAAGGCCAUGAGCAACGGAUACGAGUACAUUGCCUUCAAGACCGAUGACAAUGCCAUGAUGAACACCAUGGCUGGCAGGACCUCCGUCCUGCGGGCACUCCCCGACGUGGUCCUCGCCAACGCCUACCAGAUGGACCGUGAGCAGGCAAGGAACCUCAAAUACAACAGGCAGGAGACCCUUGCCUUGAGCUCCUCAAGGUCUUUCCAGUCACAGAGGAGCUGGUGGGCUGUUGCUUAA